UUGGAGAGAGCUUUGCUACCGUCUGAAUAUUUGGAUUUCGAUUUGGAUUUGAAUUUGGUUUUGGAUUUGGCAGAUAGAGUGCAGCUGUUUAAGCGGGAGGAUUUGGAUCUCGAUUUGGAUCUCGAUUUGGUUUUGUAUUUGGCAAAUAGAUUGAAGCUGUUGAAGAGGGAUCCCAUGUCUCGGACUAACGAAGAAGAACGAAUCGCCGCUCUCUCUCUGUCGAUCAAGGGGGCGGCGAUUUGGGGUGGUGUCGGAGAGGUGGCGUUUUGCCUCCCCGUCAAGGUGCGGUCGUUUCUUCGCGGCUGCGACGGCGAGGACGGCUGGAGAUCGAUCGCCGACGCUAGGGCUGCAGCGGAUCGCGACUUUCCUCGACCUGGUGCGGCUGAGACUUGUGGCAUCUCGAACGGCUCUCCGGCGCGGUGCUGUUCGUAUGCGGGGCCAUCGCCGGUGGUCUCGUCAACGGGAGAAAAGGAUAAUGAGAAAAAAGUUGAGCUGGCAAAGCUGGGUGAUCAAAAUCCGAAUAUUAUGAAGGGCCACGUGUCAGAUAGGAAGGGACUCACUUCCUUUUCAACCCAUCGAAUUCGUCAUUGGUGCCCGAAUGGGGAGUUUUCGACCCUCUGUCGCAACCGCCGUCCAAUACGUGGCCCAAUUUCAGAGCAAAACUCGAUUGCCAACCUCUCACGCUCACCUCUGAAGAACAAUUGA